AUCUGUUUUAGAGCCUCUAACCCACUCACAAUGUUAACUCUGAGUUGUAUCUGUGCUUUACUGGCCUGUAUUGCAGGUGUCGACGCCCAGCCUGUCUUGACUCAGACAUCGUCAGUGUCGGUUUCACCAGGGCAGAGUGCCCAGAUCCUCUGUACCAUGAGCGAUGGUUAUGUCAUUACUGGUUACUGGGUAAACUGGUACCAGCAGAAACAUGGAAGCACCCCGAGAUAUCUUCUACGCUACAAAUCCAACUCUGAAAAGGACUCUGCAGCUCCUGAUCGCUUUUUUGCAUCUAAAGACACUGCUGGCAAUGCCUGUCAUUUAACCAUCUCCAGUGUAGAAGCAGAUGACUAUGCUGAUUAUUACUGUGGAACUCCGUCCUCACCUUCUUUGAGUUUACUGGGACCGUCCUCUGAUGAGCUGCAAGAGAAACGGGCCACAUUGGUGUGCCUGGUUCAGCAUUUCUUCCCAUAUGCACUGAGCGUGUCUUGGAAGGUGGACGGGAGCGUAACUGCCGCCGGAGUCAAGACUGGGAAGCCGCAGCAGCGCGCUGACAACAGCUUCGAUAUGAGCAGCUACCUCAUUCUGUCCGAGUCGGAGUGGAUCAAACACAAGAACUUCGCCUGUGAAGUCACACACCAGACGCUGUCCACCCCCGCCAGCAAAUCCUUCAACAAAUCCGACUGCUUUUAAUAAACAAGUCGAUUCGGGGCUCCGAGUCGUGGUUUCGUUUGUUUAAUUGCCAUAAUGUUUUUUGUUUGUUUGUUUCUGUUUUUGUUUUGUUUGGCGUUAAUAUUAUAUUAAGAGACGUUGCUAUUAAUUCCUUAAAGGUAUUCAAUUUAACCGAAUGCGUUUCAAAGUUUUUGAUUUGAGCACAGUAUAAUCAAUGCCACAAAAAAAAAAAAAUAAUAAUGCAGAUUUUAGAUUAAACAAAUAACAAAUGUAAUUAAAAUAUGAACUGUUUUUGUCAGCUCCAUUGAGAC